AGAAGUCGCACAUGUGUGUGCGUGUGUGUGUGUGUGCAAUAUGGAAGACCUUUUUCUGCUAAUUAUCAAGGAGUCAACGGGCACCAAGCACAAUGCGCUGCGACAAACGGCACAAAUAGCUUACGAUAAACUUUAUCGACAGCAUGGCAUGCACAGGGAUCCAUCGCACGAAUUGCGCUCCGUUUGCUUUACGGCCCUGCAAAUGGCCUUGGACACGAAGCGGCCAAAGUUCAUCACAAUGGGCCUCAAUGGCCUCCAUCGCGUCAUCAAGGAUGAACGUUUCUACAUUGGCCUGGAGCCGGAGGAUGAUUCAGUGUGGCUGCCAUCGCAGCUGUUGCGGGCAACGAACGGCAUACUGCCAUCGACGAGCAGCGAGGACACUGUGGUGAAUGUGCUGCGCCUGUUCCUGGCCAUGGCCUGCUCCCCGGCCUGCACCCUUAAUGGCCGGCUGCUCAUCGAGAUACUGUCGCGCUGUGGCGAAUGCUGGGAGAUGGGAUCGAGGGCGAUUAAGGCGGCAUCGCUGGCGGCCGCAUCGCAGUGUUUGCGCACAUUUUGCGCCUUCCUCAUCGAGGAGGCCGAGGAGGUAAAGAAGACGGCACCGGCGGGCCUGAUGACCCAGACACAGGCAUCGGCUGUCUACAAUGAGGUGAUACCGGUGAUGCAGUGGCUCUGCAGUCGCCUCGUCGAGCCCAACGUCAACAAUGCGUCGCCGAAUCGCAAAUGCGAGAAUCCCAGCUCACUGUAUCUAACCGAAUGCAUAUUGACUCUCAGCUCGGCGCUGCCCAGAAAUGUCCAUGCCAAUCCACACUUCACCUCGUUCCUCUGGCAAAAGUUUUGCCCAACGCUGGCCGCUGCGCUCGGCUCGCCGGGACGCAUUAACCUGGACAAGAAGUUUACCUACAAGGAUGCACUGCAUCUGAUUGAGAAUGAGGCGCGUGGCUUUUUCACCGGGCCGGGCUUGGAUGGGCCGCAAGCGCGUUGCGUCUAUUUGACGGCGAUUCAGCUGCUGCGCAUUGCCGGCGCUCAUGGAUCGCUGCGACCGAUGCUGGAGGCGCUGUUCCAUCGCAUGGUGCUUCUGCCGGCGCCACUCAAUCGCACCGAGCCGCUGCGUUGUGUUCGCGAGAUCUUCAAGUGUCCCGAGCGACUCAUCGAUCUGGCCGUCAUUCUCUACGUGGACAAGAACACCGCCCAGGGCUGCAGCGAUGAGAUGGCCCUCUUUCGACUGCUGGUAGAUGCAAUGGAGGAGUGCGCGUAUGGUGCAAGUGCCGGUAGCGCAACGGAGGCAAGCCUGCAGGCGAGCGUGGAGUGCAUGGUGGCACUAUUGGACAGUCUGCAGGUGUUGUGCAGCGGCGAGCUCACCGAAUCGAUGAUCAGCGACCAGAUUGUCCAGGUGGUGAAUGGACGGCAUGAUCUGCUCAAGGAUGCCGACUACUCGGGCCCGUUGACAUAUCAGAGCAUGGCCAGAUUGCCGGCACCGUAUCGCGAUGCGAUCGUCGAGUUCCGCCAGAAUGUGUUCGAGACAUCGUCGGGCUCGGAGAGCGAAUGUGAGCCGCCGCACGAACCGGAUGCGGCAUCGAAUGGAUCCGGCGAUACGGAGGGGCCCGAAGACGAUGAGCCGAGCAGCUCCAGCGAUGAGACGUCACGUGUCGAGAAUCGUUGGCCCUACUCGCACCUGGAGGCGCCCGUCAUCCCCAUUCGGACGGACAGCGACAAUGAUCGCCAGCAUGCCAGAGAUUUUGCACGUGCUCUGCGAUUGGAUCUGGUGCCGAAACUGUUGCGUUUGCGCAGCUGCGUCGAACUGGACGAGGCAAUGCAGGAGUUCGCAUCGGCCGUUUGUCAGGAGAAUAGCAUGAACUAUUCCGAUUUUGAUUACAAUCUGACCGCCAUCAAUGCGGAUGGCAUCUAUCUGGCGAUCUAUUCGUCGCUGUUGCUCAGCCUGCAGCUAAUGCGUACCGGUUACUAUGAACAGCAGCCGCAAUCGGCUAAGGAUACAAUACUGGUGCCGAUGUCGGAGCAACAGUUUGUCACCUCCGUACAGAAUACGGGCGUGCUCGUCUAUCUAUCAUCGCCGUGGCUCUGUGAACUGUAUCAAUCGGUGAUCGUUUCGAAUGUGCUCGAAUCGAUGACGCGUCAACAGCUCGAUGGGAGCGGCCAGCGUUGCGCCCUUGUCGAUAUGCUGUGCGAUGCCGGCGGACUGGCCAACACUCAAAUGCUAUCCGAGUGGCAGCGUCUGCAGACGGCCACCGUGAAGCAGCAGCACAGCGGCGACGAUGAGCAACAGCACGAGAAACGACGCGAGGCCGCCAAGAAAUUGUCACGUCGAUUGCUCACCUGCUGCUGGGACUCAAUGGUCAUUGUGCUCAGCUCGGGGCUGGGCGAUCUCCAGAGUACCGCCUCCAACAAGCUGGUCGCUCUCUCCAAGCGUACGCUGCGCGUGAAGGCCAAAACGAACAAGUCCAACGGUGAGGCACUCUACGCCAUGUGUCUCGAUGGACUGCAUUCGGCGGCCACAUUGAGCAACAGCUUGAAUCUGCAGCAUUUGGCUGGCAAGAUACUCAAUUUGUUGGCCUCGAACGUGUGUCGAACGAGCGGGCCACGGAUCUCGGCCAGCCAAGCCAUGUCCAUGGAUGUCGUACUCACUGGUGGCCUCAAUUUGGGCAGCUACAGCGCCGACUGCUGGCAGAGCAUAUUUGCCGUCUGCCGCCAUGUCAGCCAGCUGGAGCACGAGAUCUUUAGCAUGCAGAAUCCAUCGAUAGCCGCCUCGCCAGGCAGCAGUCGUCGCGACCUGGAGACGGGCGAGAAGCUCAACAGUGCGUCUGGCAACGCUCACGACAAGCUCAAUCUAUCCUCCAUACCCAUCGACGAUGAUGAAACGUGCGUGGAUGUGUAUAGCUUCCUGCAGGCGCCGAUGCAGAGUCCCAAUACGAACGUCACAUCGAUACUGAAGGUCUAUUCGGGCACCAAUGAGACGGUGCUGCUUAGCCAGAGCGAUACAUCGAAGGUGCUGUGCGCCUUGUCGCACCAGGCCGAGAAUCUGUUCAGCGAUGCCGCCGAGCGUUUGAGUCUGCCAUCCUUGUGUCAAUUCCUCAAGCAUCUGUGUCGCGCCUCACGCGAUCAACUCUACAAGAGCCAGGCGGCACGCAAGGGCGCCAACGUUGGUGGCAACAGCAACAGCGGUGGCAGUGGCAGCAACGGCGGCGGCGGCACCACACGCAUUUGGUGGCCAAGCAAGGGCUGGAAGAAGCUGGACUCGUUGCCUAUGUCCCUGCUGCUGCAUCGCAUCGGGGAUGUUACGCUCAAAGUGUUCCGCAGCUCGCGUCCCCUGCUGCACGUCCUCAAAGUCUGGGCCAUAACAGGACCGCAUCUGAUGGAUGCCGCCUGCCAUCGGGAUCGGAUGAUCUCGAAGCGGGCCAUCGAGUAUAUACAUGAUAUAAUAACGGCCCUGCUCGUCGAGCAAUCGGAAUUGCCGUAUUUCCAUUUUAACGAGGCGCUGCUGAAACCGUUCGAGAAUCUGCUGAGCAUGGACACCUGCGAUGUGGAUGUACAGGAUCAGAUUGUGGCCUGUCUCUAUGAGAUCGUUGAGGCACAUCGCACCGAAAUCCGUUCCGGCUGGCGGCCACUAUUUGGAACGUUACGCAACGCACGUAGCCGGAUGCUGAAUAUGAGCAACAUCAUCGAUAUCUUUCGCGUCUUCCUCGACUCAGACAAUACGCUGGUCUUCGCCAACGCCGGGCUCGAUUGCAUCUUGUGUCUGCUAUCCUAUCUGGAGAUAUCCGGCGGCGGCGGUAGCGGUGCUGGUUCAAAUAAUAAUGCUGCGUGCAGCGAUGAUAACGAUAAUAAUGCCGCAUUCCGACCCACAGAUUUCCUGCAUGAAACACUGCGUUUUCUCGAGCGUUGCUCGAGCAUUUUGGGCUUCAUGUACAGCAUGCCCAAGUGCCCCAAUUUCCACUCGACGUACAAGAUUAAGGGCAUCUCGUAUACGCAUAUCAUUGACGCCAACAUACCCAGCUCGAUGGAGAAUUUCACGUACUUUGGCAACGAUUAUCUGCAGACGAAGAACGAACAGUAUAUGAUCUCGUAUCGAUCACUGCACAUCGACAAGGAUACGAUUGUGAAGAUCGAUGAGAUGGACAAGCCGUCGGGUGUGCUCAAAGUGUGGUUCCUGCUGCUCGAUGGGCUGACCAAUUCACUGAUCGUUUGCCCCUAUUCGCAUCAGGCACCCAUCUUGCAAACGAUAUUUAAACUGUUCAAGAAUCUGUUAAACAGUCCCGGCAUCGAUUUCGGUUUCUAUUGCAUCAAUCAUCUGCUGAUACCCAUGAUACAGGAUUGGUUGCGUUACAUCAACAAGACCGGUGCCAGUUGGCAGCAGAACGAGAAGAACUUCAAGCACUGCUGUUGCAUGACCACCGAUCUGGUUGUUGAGUUCAUUGAGAAGUCUGUGCCGGAACAGCGGCGACUUGGUGCCAGCACCAAGACACGUCUCGCCCAGAUCGUACAUCCCUCCGAUAAUCUGCUCUAUUCGAAGCUCAAGUUUGUCACCGAGCCCAUGGAGCACUCGCAGCAGCAACAGCAACAGCAGCAGCAGCAACACGGCCAGCAAUAUGCGGACAACAACAGCAGCAGCAGCUCGGCCAGCGACGAGCACACGAAUCAUCCAAGAAGCAAUCACAAUCCGACACAUCCCGCCGUGAAUGUGAAUGUGAAUCACAAUCUGAUUGAGUCGCCCACAAAGAUAUCGAGCUCGGCAACGCUGGCGCUGAAGCAAUUGCUCCUUGUGCUCAUCGAGUGUGCUGCCCAGUCACAGGAGUCGAUUGCCAGGAUAUCGGUGUCCUGUCUCAAGCACGUCAUUCUCUCGACGGGCAUGCUUUUCAACGAGUCGCAAUGGAUGAUCGCCUGCUCGGCGAUCCAUCGAGCGUGCACCGUGACAAUUGCCCCGUUGCGUCAGCUAUCGUUCGCCUUUCACGAGAAAUCGAAUAGCUUCUACGGGGAUUGUGCCAAUGUGAAGGUAGCCGCACGACGCGACAGCACCUUGGAGGAACUGGCACGCAUCUAUGCGCUCGCCCAGCAGGUCUUUCUCUCCGAUAAUCAACGUGAACCGAAUAUGACAACGCCAUCAGCAACUCUAACGCCAACUAGCAAUGGCUGCUCCUCAUCCACCGCCUCAAACGGUUCUUCAUCGGCAACCGCAUCCGCAUCCGUUUCGGCUGCGGCAACAGCAGCGUCGUCCGCUGCUCUGGCGCCGCAAUGCAAGAGCAGCUCAUCGGCCCAACUGACCGAUGAUCGGAGCUAUUCCUUUCUGCUGUAUCCCCUGAACAAUGGCUUCAAUUCGAAUCUGGAUAACUUUGUCAUACGCAUACCGUUCAAGAAUCUCGUUGUAGGUCUGCUGGCCAAUCAAAUGUUGCUCCAAUUGGUGGCCAAAUUGUUGUUGUCGCGCCUCAAAUGUGUCCCGCAGGCGGUCUCCACGUGCAUCUUUGACAAUUAUGCCUCAUCGACGUCGGCGCCCAGUCACGAUUAUGAUUUGGACUUUCGCUCCAAGGAGAUACUCUUGCGCUGCGUCAAACAGUAUCUGAUGUCCGCUCUGGAGUUCGAUUCCCGUCCCGGCCUCAAGUUUCUCAUGCAGAAGGUCUCGAAUAUUGAGUAUGCCGCCAAUUUGUACAAACAGAUGACCUCAUCGUGGAUGAUCUACUAUAUAGCGCUCGUCGACUCGCAUCUCAAUGAUAUUGUCGUCUACAAUCUGGGCGCUGAAGAUUUAAAUUUCAUAUUGGAGUCGUGCUCGCGUCUGAAUACGACCACCGUGAAGAAGAAGGAGAACUUUGUGCGGUAUCUGUUCUGUCUGCAGGAUGCGUGGAAUCUCGUGUGUGAACUUUAUCUGAGCAAUUCGACGCUGCACGACAUCGACAACAAUGGCAAACUGUUGCGUGGCCAGCAACAGAAGCUGCCGAUGGUGGCCACCAAGUCCAUGUGUUUGGCGCUCAAUGGCAACAGCGAGACAACCACGGAUCUAUCCAACUGCGAUCCGACUUCAACGUCAACGUCGACGCCCAGCAAAUCGAAUCAGCAGCAGCACCAGCAGCAACAGCAACAGGAUGAUGAAAAUGUAACGAUGACCACCUUGAUCAGUGAAUUUCAACCCAAAUGCCGGAGCAAUCCGUUCGACACAAAUCGUCAGGCGGCCAAGACGGAAUCGGAGUCGAUCUCACCGGAGAUUGAGCAGCAGCGGGCGACGAGCAUACUUAGGGAUUCCAAUUAUAAGCGGGCAGCACUCGCUCAAUUGGUGGUCGCAUCGAUGGAGCUGCUCCGCUCGUUGCCCAACGAGGCCGAGGAGAAUCUAAAGCUAUUGAUGACGCCCACCAUACGGGAGGCAUUCCGGCUCGUUCAGCUGCAGGGCAAUGAGCUGAGGGUAAACCAGUUUUAGGCAAUGCUUGUUGAGUUUUAUUUUGAUCUGUAGGCGCAGCAAAACUGGCCCCUACACACCCACAACACCCCUGUCUAUAUCUCUCUCUCUGUCUCUGUCUCUCUCUCUCGCGCUAUUUCUC